GAAGAAGACGCGAAGACCGCCCGCGAAGACUAACGGACGCAAGCGAAAUGUGUUCCGUUGUUUACUUUUACUUUCACCCGUCAUCCGAGGACACCCGUCGCUCCUAUGCUGUUUUAAAUUAUCGUGUAUGUGUCUGCCGUGGCAUGUGCUGUGAACUCUUUCUCAAAGAGCUCAUUGCCAACGAGCCGCUGCCCGAGUCGCGGGCCAACUUCGACUUCUCUGGUGCCUCAAACGCCCGACGAGCGGCGGGUUCGCCUUGUCCCCCUGUCGUGGCGCCUUUAGCAGUGCUGGCACCAUCGCGACCGAGGGCCGAGGCUGGCCGGAGCAGAGAGGCGAAGACCCCCCUCACCUCACUUCUCCCGGCCCUCGGCCCGGCCCCACGCUCUGCAGCGUCAAGCGGCGGACGAUAUUUCUUCUUUAAUGCGCCGCUGAUGCCAACACUCACCCACCUCUCGCUCCAGGCUCCGGGCUCCAGGCCGACGGCGGCGGCGGGGGCGUGGCGUAGCGUGGCGGAGCGCAGAGGAUGCACCAUGCCGGCACGGCACGCCAGGCGCAUGUCCGUCGUGGCCCUGGCCGCGGACCCAGCGGACCCCCCUAGCGGCCCCGAGGACACCGUCGCGGGAUCGUCGGCCUCCUUCGUAAACUCAGGUCCUGGUCCGGGCGCCCCGGUGCUGGCUGCCGUGGACCUGUCCGGGGCCGGGGCGGCGUCCCUCGGGGGCAGCGACCUGUCCGCCGUGUCGGCCGAGAUGUCGGCGUCCGGCUCCUCCAAGUCCAGCGUGGGCGGCGGGCUGCGCGUCAACAGCGCCGGCAAGAAGGUGGGCUCGCGGUACGGCGACAGACCGUCCUCGCACGACAUGCCCAGGCCCUACUUCGAGGACAUCGGCAGCAGGAACGUCUCGGCCGUGGUCGGCCAGACCGCCGUGCUGCGCUGCAGGGUCAAGCACCUCGGCGAGCAAAAGGUGUCGUGGAUCCGGAAGCGUGACCUGCACAUCCUCACCAACACCAUCUUCACGUACACGGGCGACGGCCGGUUCGCCGUGGUGCACCCGGAGGGCUCGGACGACUGGGACCUCAAGAUCGAGUUCGUGCAGCUGAGGGACGGUGGCAUCUACGAGUGCCAGGUCAACACGGAGCCCAAGAUCAACCACGCCAUCAUGCUGUCGGUGGAAGACACGGACAGUCCAAGCAGGACAUCUACCGGGGCCUCCAAAAAUAAAGCCGCGCAGGCCAACAUCUCCGGGCCCGAGGAGGUCUUCGUCAAGAAGGGCUCCACCAUCAGCCUGACGUGCACGGUGAACGUGCACUCGACGCCGCCCGGCUCGGUGCUGUGGUACCACGGGCCCUCCGUCGUGGACUUCGACUCGCCGCGCGGCGGCAUCUCGCUGGAGACGGAGCGCACCGAGAAGGGCACCACCUCCAAGCUGCUCGUCACCCGGGCCGAGCUGUCCGACUCGGGCAACUACACGUGCGUGCCGUCCAACGCCAACCCCGCGUCCGUCGGCGUGCACGUGCUCAAUGGUGAGCACCCCGCCGCCAUGCAGAGGCCGUCCAACGGCGCGGCGAGGUCGUCGUGGAGGUCGCGGAGCGGGUUGGCGCUGCUGCUGCUGGCGGUCGUCGUCAACUCCAGAUGAUAAAUCCCCCGCCCUGGGCAGCCCUGGGUGGGGCUCCUGGCGGGCGGGAGGUCCCCGACGACGGCGCCGCGGGCCCCUCCCCGCGUCCAGGACGACGCGAGGGACACUGGAAGACUCUCAGUGCGAACCAAUGAACGCCAAGUGACGAGAGGAAGUGUGGCUGCGUGUGUGUGCGUGAAUGUGAGUGUGUGGGUGAGUGGGCGUGGCCAGCCGAAGGGCUGAAGACACCGACAGUGCGUCCAGGGCGGCCAAUCUCCGGUCCGCCCUCCAGGCCAGGGCCUCCAGGCCAGGGCCUCCAGGCGCCUCCAGGCCGGGAACUCCGGAGACUGCAGCGGAUUUCGGCUGCCGAUCCGCGGCAUGACGUCAUCGUCCUUCCGGCCGCCGGCCUGCCGGGGCAUCGACAUGCGCACCCAGCGCCUCUCUGUCCCCGUCCAGUGACACCAACCGAACAGAGAGCGGUCUGGGGAGCGGUCGAGCGCCCGGCUCACGAAGGCCACCGUGUAUCAUCCCUGCCUGCAUUCGGCUCCCUUCGGGCGAGACAGGCACCAUCAACCUCACACGGGUUGCCUGGACUGCUUGGUCCACCCGCCACCUGUCUUGCCGUGCGAGUUGCCGAGGCGGGAAACGCGUUUUCAGUUCUGUUUGACGCAUUGUUAUGAGGUUUUGUUCUCAAUCAAUUUAUUGUUAUUCUUAUGGUUACGACAUGCUCAAAAUUAAGCAAAGCUUUCCGCACGAUCAUCACCAAUUCCUCUUCUGGACUUUUCGGCCUAAUGCUGUCCACACUGGUCCGGGCUGCUCAGCGGCUUCUUGAUCACAAGUUCUUGUUUGUCUCCUCGUGAAACCAUAGGAAUUCCGUAGAUCAGAUCUAGUUUCAAUUGUUUUUUUUUUUUUAUUUUUUUUUAUCACUUAGAGCAAUGGUGUGCAAAGUGCGCGUGAAGGCAGUUCGAAGAAAUUGGAAGACUUGGUGCUUUAGUUUUCUUUAUGAUGCGCUAAGUCCUAGAAUGUGAUAGUGCGGGCAAGGUCGGGGAAACGUCUAUUUUCGAUAUGAAUUCUAACAUAUUUCUCCGAUCACGCGUUUUGAAACGGCAACAACACGUGUUUUUAAUUGAAAUGCUCUGGUAGCCUUCUUGAGAGGGUGCAACAGUUUGGACUCAACUCUGCUUUUCCAUUCACGUCGUAAAGAAAAACCGGUUGAAAACCAGCAACCAAAAUUUGUUUUUGUUAAAUAUAAAUUAAGAGUGAAGAGCAGAGUCGAUCCUCCCUUCGGACCUUUUACUCAGGUUUCCUGCUAUAAAUCAAUGUAAAUACUAAUUUUACGUAAGAUGAUAUUUUAUGUUUAUUGAAGAUUGUGUACAGAUGUAAUAUAUUGUACAGCGUAUUGUGAACGGCGUGUGCCUCGGGCGUGGUCGUUGUUAAUUGUCUGAUGUAUAUGGUUUCGUUGUCCCCGUUUUGUACACUGAAAUUUGACUCACCUAAUUGUUUCAUCCUGCGCACCCGUUGGGUCGUGGGCAUGCCGUGUCUGUCCAGAUGCCUUUUGCAGGAGACUUUUCCCCACGCGGCUGUCGAGAAUCAAAAUGGAGACGUAGUCAUGUUAAAAUACUAAACGUGCCAUCGGGCACGCUUAAGUAAACGCGUUGACAUGGAAAUGAAAAGAAGCGUGUUACAAUAAUUUCUUUUGUAAAAUAAAUAUAAUGAUCUCCCUGUAAAAAAAAAUUGACAAAAAUAAACAAUAUCUCGAAGUA